CAUCACUUCUUCCACCAAUACACAUCAAGUGAUCAAUAUGGAGUCCUCUAAGCAGCAACUCACUGCUCUUCUUCUCAUCUCCAUGUUCCUCAUUUCCACUGCCACUCCAAUUGCUCUUGAUUGUGUUCCCUGUGGCCACCACCCCUCCAAACCACCCACCGGCAAACCACCAUCCACCCACCCUCCCAUUGUCAAACCACCAUCCACCCACCCCCCUAUUGUCAAACCACCAAUCACCCUCCCACCAGUUGUCAAACCACCAAUCACCCUCCCACCAGUUGUCAAACCACCAAUCACCCUCCCACCAGUGGUCAAACCACCAAUCACCCUCCCACCAGUGGUCAACCCACCAGUCACCCUCCCACCAGUAGUCAAACCACCAAUCACCCUCCCACCGGUGGUCAACCCACCAGUCACCCUCCCACCGGUAGUUAAACCACCAAUCACUCUCCCACCGGUUCUCAACCCACCAGUCAUCCUCCCACCGAUUCUCAACCCACCAGUCACCCUCCCACCGGUUCUCAACCCACCAAGUGGCGGAACCCCGGGAACACCGUGCCCGCCGGGGCCAUUUGUGCCAACUCCGGCGGCCACAUGCCCCAUUGAUGCACUAAAGCUUGGAGCUUGUGUGGAUCUUUUAGGUGGGUUGGUUCAUAUUGGGUUGGGUGACCCUGUGGUGAACCAAUGUUGUCCAGUUCUUGCUGGGUUGGUGGAGCUUGAGGCUGCAGUUUGCUUGUGUACAACCCUAAAGGUUAAGCUUUUGAAUCUCAACAUCUAUUUGCCACUUGCUCUUCAGUUGCUUGUUACUUGUGGCAAAACCCCACCUCCUGGUUACACUUGUGCUGUUUAAGUUUUCAAGAUUUCCCAUUUAGGGACAGAUGAUCGAUGAAUGUAUAUCCAUGGAUGAACUAAAGUCGCCAUCAAAAUCAAGAAGUACUCUCUAUGUUUUGAGUGUUUAAGAAAAUUAAUUUUCUAUUGUUUUAAUUUGUGUCAAAUAUGCCUAAUGAUCAGUGUUUGAUGCAUUGUUUGUUGAGUUGAUGUAAGGACAUAUAUAUGACCAUCAAUUAAUGAAGAAAUUUAAUGAUUUACUUUUAUUAA